AUGCCUCCAUAUCGUGUCUCAUCCCCGGUAAACUGCGGCAUUGACUUCAACAAAGAACAAAUCGCUGAAAAAGUUGCCAUCGUCACUGGAGGUGCAAGUGGCAUUGGGGAGGCAUAUGUCCGGGCCUUGCGCAGCUCAGGUGCGAAAGUUGUAAUCGGUGAUAAGAACGCCGACUCUGGGGAGAAAUUGGCUUCUGAACUUACCGGCACAAAGUUCGUUCACUGUGAUGCGACCGUUUGGGAAAAUCAAGUUCGCCUGUUCAAGCAAGCCGUUCAGCUAUCUUCGUCUGGAAAGAUUCACUACGUGAUAGCUAAUGCUGGGAUGACAAAAGAAGACCAGACUUUCACUUUUGACGGCAAAGACCAGGAACCGAAGAAGCCAGACUUGCAGAUCAUCGAUGUGAACCUGAAAGGAGCGCUGUAUACAUCAAAGCUAGCCAUGCACUAUUUCGUGUCCCAGAAUGGUACCGAAGUCAACGAGGAGCAAGAAGAUACCUGUUUGAUCCUUAUCAGCUCAGGCGCUUGGUUUCUCGAUGUUCCAAGGUCACCUGAGUACAGCAGCACGAAGUGGGCGGUCCGCAGAAUAAUGCAUGCUUUGCGAAGAACAGCUUUCUACUAUGGGAGCCGGGUGAAUGUCAUUGCGCCAUGGUAUAUCCGCACAGGUAUUCUCUCCAAAGACCAGUUCGACCAAGUGGAGAGAUCGGGGGUUAAGUUCGCAAUGGCUGAAGAUGCUGGCGAGUGCGCGCUGAGGAUCCUAUCUGAUGCCAGUAUCAAUGGAAGGAAACUCUUUGUCUGCGCGCGGAAAUGGGCUCCUCGUGGAUAUAUGGAUCUUGACAUCGAGGAUUAUCCUGAAGGUUUGAUCCAGGAAAUACAGGAGGAUCAAAUGCGUAACGCACCAGUUGAUCUUGGGCUUUUUCCAUAG